AUGCACCUUGUUUUGGUCAAGUCAGGGGCACCCCUUACCCCUCUCCAACUGUUUUGUAAACAGUGCGUUGACAUGAGGGAGGCGAAGAGGACGACCAGGAAGACUGGUCGAGAGAGUGUGAUUCUCGAGAGUCUUGACCGGAAGAUUCAGCGGCAGGAAAGUCUGCGGGAAGAUGCCCAGGAAGGCUUCAAGCUGGAAGAGUUGCCGGCAGGGAUGGGGGAGAGAAGGGGGUUGAUAUCCACGGAUCGCUCUGCGGGGGCUAUAUCUCUGGGUGUUUCGACCUCGUCUCUUGAUAAGCUUGCCGAUGUGAUCCCCAAACAGCUUGGGGUUAAGGAAAGGGACUUCGAUGCAGUCGAGGGGUAUAACCUCGACUCCAAUCGCCACGGAAACCGCCACUUCCCCGCCAGAACUCAAGAAAAAGGAAUGGAUGGCCGAGAGAGGUUGCCCCUCACGUCUGGAAGGAAGCCCAAAGGGGUUUCUAAGUUGUAUUUUGCCGCCCUUCAUCGAUCGAGAUCAGAACACCAAAUCGCGAAUCUCGAAUCUGGGGUCGAGAGACAUUCCUUGGUUGCGGAUUCCUCAAAAAGUAAACAACACGAGAGGUCAUUGUCGAAAACCAGCCUGGAGCCCAUGACUCUUGGCUCCUCCUCCUCCGUAACAUCGUCAAGGAGGCUAUCUUCUGCCAGUCUGCGGACUUUAAAGGCCUACCGCAGCCCUCCGCAAAGCAAUCGUGGUUCCGUCGGAAGUUUGAAGUUCUCCUCUCAAGUCAGCACCCCCCCUGAGGUUGUCACAGGUAACAAUAUCUUGCCUAGUCCUCCUAAAAGACAGCGGCAGUCAAGCCAAAACCCCUCCCGUUUCCGCGUCAACCUAAAGGACGAAUUAUACCCCCCCUCGGCCCCUAUAUCGUUAGGUAACAAACAAACCCCUGGACCCAAUCCCAAGAGCUCCGCCCCUUCAUCCUCCUUCUGCCCAUCGACCUCUCCCACUACGAGGGGACUCUCCGGCCUCUACUUCGCCCUUAACCUCGGGGCAGAAUCCAAGGUGAAUCGCGACCUAGGGUUCAAACCCCCCAGUCCCCCCUCCAGCUCACCAGUAAGGGAGCCCCGUUCUCGUCGACACCGAGCUAUCAUCCGCGCCCGAGCCGCAGUUUUGUCACCCGCGACAACCCCCCACGCCCCUUUUACACGAUCACCACUCCGCAGAUCUUUCCCUGUUGUUGCCCCCGAAUCUACCGCUACUCAGAUACCUACCUUUGAACCGGGUGAUCGUGGCUCCGCUACCCCUUUUCGUUCCCCUGGCAACUGUGAAGGCAAGGUAAACAGUACCCCUAAACGGAAGCGGUCAGAGCCCUUGCUGCAUUACCAGCAAUAUGCUGGAGGGGAGGAGUCGUAA